AUGAAUCAAACAUACUAUGAUGGCAUGGAAAUUUAUAGUAAGGUCGGCUUCCCAGAUCUAUUUAUAACAUUCACAUGCAACCCAAAUUGGACCGAAAUUCAAAGAGCUCGUAAUCCUUUAAAACUCAAGCCACAAGAUAGACCAAAUAUCAUUGCUAGGGUUUUUAAGAUGAAGUUUGAUAACCUCUUUACAGACGUGACUAAGAAAGGUUUUUUGGGAAAAGUACUUGCAUAUAUGUACACUAUUGAAUUUCAGAAGAGAGGGUUUCCAUAUGCACACAUCCUUAUUUUCUUGCAUCUGUCAAAUAAUUACCCUGAACCAUCUGAUAUUGACAAGAUUAUAUCUGCUGAGAUUCUAGAUCCUUUGAAACAACCAAAGUUGUAUAAUCUUGUGAAGACCCAUAUGGUACACGGACCUUGUGGGAUGGAAAAUCCAAAAUUCCCGUGCAUGAAGGAUGGGAAGUGUUCUAAGUAUUUUCCCAAGAAAUUUCAAGAUGUUACCGUUGUUGAUCAAGGAGACUAUCUGGUUUAUAUAAGACGAGAUAAUGGCUAUACGAUUGAGAAGAAUGGAAUCAAACUCCAUCGCGGUCAUGUUAUGCCCCACAACCCAAGUUUUCUUAUGAAAUGUGAAACACACAUCAAUAUGAAGUGGUGCAAUCAUAAUACUUCUAUUAAAUAUCUGUUUAAAUACAUUAACAAGGAUUCUGAUAGAAUAUCAGUUGUUAUUAUUCCAAUUAAAAGUGCAGGCGAUGAAAAUGUUGACGAAAUCAAACAAUACCUAGAUUGUAGAUGUGUUUCUUCGAGCGAAGCUUGUUGGAGAAUAUUUUCUUAUUCUAUUCAUGGAAGAAAAUCGACAGUGGAAAGAUUGUUUUUUCACAUGGAAGGUGAGAACUUCGUAUACUACAAAGACUUUGAACAAAUUGGAAAUGUCCUUUUAAAGGCAAGUGCCACUGAAUCUAUGUUUACUUCAUGGUUUUUGGCUAACAUAGAUUAUGAGGAAGCUAGACUUUUGACAUAUGGACAAUUUGUGUCGAUGUUUGUUUAUGUUAAGAAACAAAGAUGUUGGAAACCUAGAAAAAGAGGGUACACUAUUGGUCGGUUAAUUUGGGUCCCUCCUACAACGGGGGAACUGUAUUAUAUAAGGAUGUUAUUGACUGUGAAGAAAGGCCCUACAACUUAUGAUGAUCUCAAAAUUGUUGAUGGGUUUACACAUGCAAGUUUCCGAGAAGCAUGUUUUGCAAUGGAGUUUCUACAACAUGACAAAGAGUUCAAAACAGCAACCAAAGAGGCAUACAACUGGGGUUCCAGUGAAGCUAAAGAGUUUUUAAGUAGUGAUUCCAUUGAUAGAUCGGAAGUUAAUGACAAUGAUGCUUACGAACAUUACACCAGAACUCUUAAGCUGUUUGAAAACUUCUUGAUUUCCUAA